GAUGAUGUCACGCGCAUGCGGAGAGCGUCUGUGACGCGACGUGUUGUUAAAUUAUUGUUUUUCUCGUGUUGUUAAAUAUUUUACGUCAUCAUGAGAUACCUAAUGCGGAGAAUGAUAAAAAUUUAACGUGGAUUUCUCGAUGGUUUAUUCUUAAUAUAUUAUUUUUUUAUCAGGACGAGGAGAUGUGAUCAGGCUGAAGGAAUGUCCUGCACCACCUGUCAAACGAAAUUUUCGUUUUUUACGAAAGACAUCGGCUGCCCAAGCUGCGGCUUCUCUUCCUGCGCUAGAUGUCUCAAGUUCAAAUGCGAUCUUCCCAAUAUAGGAACGAAGAAGGUUUGCGGACGCUGUUACCACAAAUUGAACAAGAUGAAGAGAUCAGGUUCAGAAGAUGUUGAAAACGAAGCUCCGAUGCCUAAUGCGAGUUCAGAACCACUUGCACCAAUUGAUAUUACUAUGAAAUUGGAUUCAUUGGAAAAUCCAAUAAAACCUCCAAUAGUAAUAUAUAAGCAUACAGAUCAUUGGGAUGCACUUAAACAGGGACUAGAACCAGUGGACCAACAAAUUGUAGAAAGAUUACGAAAUUUGAAGGAAGAGCGUAACACUUUAGUGCCUACUUUUGAUGAGAUAACGCAAAGACUGGCGCUGUUGAAAGAUCAAGAUCCACAGGCCAGUGGAAGUUAUGCCGUAAAUAUACAUCAAGUGGAUACUAGAACAGAUCAAGAGAAGACGGAUGAUUUAAUUAAAGAAUAUAUGGCUGAAAUAAAGUUGCCUUCGUCCAGUGAACUUUAUAAGGAAAUUCACACAUCAUUAAAGGCCUCGCAGUAUGAUGAAUUGGUUAACAGAUAUUCAGCAAUGGAAAUAGAGACACCUCCAAACAUGGAAGAUGAGGAUGAAAAUGAGGACGAGGAUAAAGAUGAAGACGAAGACGAAGACGAAGACGAAGAUAAAGAUGAAGACGAGGCUGAAUUUAACAAUGAAUGUUUAAUAUGUUUGCAAACUGCAGAAGAAUUGGAACUAUAUAGAUGCACAGGAUGUAAAGGCGACCUUUGUUCUACAUGCUUUGAAAGUUUCCAUGAUAGUUUCGAACUGGGAAAGCAUAAAGCAAUUCCUUUUGUCAAACAAGAUAAAAAGGAUGAAUUGUCUCCUGCAAAAAUGAACCUUAUACAAAAAUUAUUAACAUCAGAUUCUUCGAAGAAUACCUAAUAAUAACAGUAUUAUAUAAAAACAUAAAGCAUUUGCGGAUGCUUAUGCGAAUUAUGUUAUUGAUUGAGCUACAAUCCAAAAUUUGCACACAUUAAAUUGUAAUCUAUAAAAUUUGUGAUAAACGUGCAGAACAAUUGAUUAACAAAUGUUUUGUUUAAUGCGAAUACUUUAUAAAAGCUGAAAGUAAUCGAUGAAAAUAUGCUGUCGCUUUUGGCUGUGUUGUUCUGAAGUUAAGAUACAUGUAAUUCUUAUUUUACUAACUUAUAUAUUAGUAACUAUUAAUUUUCUGUUUUAUGUUAUUAUAGAUAGAUAUAAAAUAAUACAUGCAUAGAUACAUACGAAUAAAGAUAGGCAUAUUAGUAAUAUAAACACUCGCCAUAGAGAAGCGUCACUCUUUAUAUAUUUCUGCUAAAUAAAUUUAUUUUGGUUAGUGA